CAUCUGCAAAAUCGCAAAAAAAAAUGGCGCGGUCUGAGCGAUUGUUGUUGCUGUGCACAUUUGCAUCAGUUUGGCGGCAAAACACGUAAAAACAUCGUGUGCCGCGCAACGUUUGAUCAUUUCCCGUAAACGCGUACUCCUUGCCUUCCUUUCACGCGUUAAUUCGUGUUAAUCACGGUCCGCAGUCGCGGCGAUCUCUUGGUGUGACCGUUGGACAACUUGUGUGUGGCCUUGAGCACCUGACCCUGUGUUUGCUAGCAGCGCCGGCGUGAUCAAACGUGAUAUCUUCACGUGCAUCAGCACCGAUGACGCCGUUAGGUACUCAUACCGGAAUAAGACAUUCGACGAGCGUCAGCCUAAGUGCACUACGCCGAGUUUUACGCAGCAUUACUAUGACCGCAUGAGCCGUUCGCUGUGCGAGUGUGACGCCACUCUUUGCAGGCUGCGCGCUUGUAAUUGCUGUAUGCUGGGACGGCGUCUGUUCAGAUCAGCGUGCUUGGGAGCCCGGCUGAAGCUUCCCGUCGCAGUCAGCUGGCAACGCUAACGUCAACAGCGUCGUAGCGCAGUCAUGCCGGGUAAUCGCGGCGCCUGCGCGACGCUGUGCCGACGCAUCGACCAGGACAAAUGCCUGGCGCAGAAGCACGCCAAGUUCCGCAACCUGUACGACCUGUGCCUGUACAAGGGCGACACGCUACGCGAACACGGAGACUACGAAGCCGCGCUGGCAGAGUUUGAGGAGGCUUUUCAAGUCUGCGAGGUGCUGCCAGACCCAACGCUACUCGACAAAGCCGAAGUGCACCGGCGACGCGGCGAGUGUCUCAUGCAGCUCGAACGUUUCAACGAAGCCCGUGACAACCUCAAGAGCUACCUCAAGUUGGCUCAAGAAGCAGAAUCGCACGUAGAACAGCAGCGUGCCCUUGCGACGCUCGGGCAGUGUUACUUCGUCGAGCACCAGACAGAGGCCAAACCGAGCAAACAGCUCAUCGAGAAGGCCAAAACGGCGUACCUCAAGUCGCUACGAAUCGUUCAACGCAACCUCGCAGAGAGCUUGAGCGAGCAAGAGAUGCUCGUCAUGAAAGGUCGUCUGAUGCUCAACAUGGGACUCCUGUACGAUGCGGUUGAAGACCCCAAUGCUGUCAACAGCUUCAGAAAUGCACUAGUGCUGUUUAUAAAGCACGGCGACUCCAAACAGGACCUCUGUCGAUGCCUCUCGGCACUGGCCAACAUUCAUCUGAGGCAGGGAAACUCUGAAACCGCGCUGUCGCUGGCGGGACGCCUGCUCGACAUUGGUCAAGAGGCCAAGCGGCCGGAUAUCAAGUGCGAAGCGCACCUGCUUCGAGGAGCGGCCAUGUUGCAGGCAGGGGACCGAGAAGGAGCUCGCACAGCCUUCAAGCAUGCCAUGCGCCAGAAAAGCCCUAUACAGGAGGACCACGAACGGGCCAGUCUUUGCGUGAGACUUAGCCAAGCACUCAGAAAUUGGGACCUGGACCUCAAGGAGGCGAAAGAUCCUGCCGCUCGUGUCGAGAUUCACGAAAUGGCCGGCGAUGCUCUGGUACAAUGCUUGCUAUCCCGGCCAGCGCUAAAAGAAUAUGAAAUGGCCGUUGAAGAAGCGCUGUCGUCUCCGGAAGCUAUCACUCAAAAAAAGCUUGCCAAUCUCUACGUCUCCCUUGCGGAAACAUGCAGUGAUAUUCGGGAAUAUGAUUCGGCCCUCAAAUACUACCGCAUAGAGCUUUCCCUAAGAGCUGAUGAGCCCGAUGAGGUGGCAUCGACAAAGCUGAGCAUCGCUCGUAUUCUUCAGAAGACAUGCAGCGAAGGAGCUCCGGAGGUUCUGGAUGCUAUUCAAGAGGCUGUAACAUUGUCUCGGGCCGCAGGAAAGCCCUCUCUGGAGCUGGAGUCUCUAGAGGAACUGGUCGCCGUGCAGGGCAGCGCCGACAGUGAGGUUCAGGAUAGGAUGCAACACCUACAAGCCAUCGUGGAUGAUACUGACAGCUCCACCCAAAGUCAGCAGUCGGGCCCUUUGUCUGACAUCAAUCUGGAGGACAUAUCGGAAGCCAGCGACAGUGAUCCCGAAUUUACUGAUAGUGCACGGAGGCCCAGGAAAAAACUGGAGGAAAAGAUCAACACAAAGGGUGAAACAAAACUUCACAAGGCCUGCAUCGACGGCUGCUUGAAGAAGGUGAAAGAGCUACUUAGGAUGGGCCACUCCGUGAAUGUUCGGGACUACAGCGGGUGGCAGCCACUGCAUGAGGCAGCAAACUACGGUUACCUAGAGAUUGUGAAGUGUCUUGUAGAAGCAGGAGCUCAUGUAAGUAGCCCCGGAAUGAAUGGUGUGACACCGCUACACGAUGCUCUGGGAAACGGACACCUUGAAGUUGCAUUAUAUCUGCUCGAAAAAGGGGCUCGACCGUCCGUGAGGACGGCUGAAGGAGAAAGUCCCUUGGACAUUGUUCGUAAAUGGAAACACGAAAACCAGUCGACGAUGAGCCCCGCUGAAGAAGAGUGCCUGCAGAAAGUGGAGCUUCGGCUCAAAGAGGCCAAUCCCGCAAUUGAUGACAUUGCAUUGUUGAGGCCCGCCAGUGAAGACGGUCCAUGGAUAGCUUCGCAGUCACUGAAAAGCAGAGUAAGUGGUCCCGCUCUGGUGAGGGAAGCAGACGACUGGCUCGAAGAUGACCUUUCGAGGCCAAGGCCGAGAUCAAGAUGUCCAGCAGAACCAGAGUUGCCAGCAUUGGUAACGGAAAUGGACGACUGGCUUGAAGAUGACAUCCCCAAGUCGAGGUCCAAGACAAGUCUGAUGGAACCAGGUUUGCCGGCCACGAGAAAACGAAACCGUUCAUCUGAACAGUCAUUCAGCUCAAAAGUCUUGCGUCUCGAGGAAAACGAGACGGAAGGAAACGUCACUGACGACAGCAAUGGCGCAGAAGUCAUUGACACAGCUGACAGUGAGGAGUUCGACGUGCUGCCUUCUGCAACAUCCUCUGCCUGCAACGCGGCCGCUACGUCCUCUGGUUCUCCCAGCGCUGCCAUGUCUUUACACUCGGGAGGUAACCUCUCAGUUCGAGUUCGAAUACUGAACACGCUUUUUUUAGUUCCACUGCCCAGAGGUGCAGCUUCAGAAAGGACAGUUGGAUGGCUGGCAACUGAAGCAGCUAAACGGUACCAGGAUUUUCAAGGCAUGCGACCUGUACUGAGAAUAACGCUUCCCGACGGAGCGUUGCUCGAUCCGUCGGACUGUAUAGACACCUUAUUGCACGGGCCGCACGCCGAAGUCGUUGGACAAGUGGAGUCCUGGGACUUGCCUCCCCUGGCCGAGCGCUACCGUUCUGAGUGCGACAGAAAAAAUGUGUCGGCAUGCACAAACCUUGCCACCAUUCUGCAGCCCUGUGUCGACAGUGGGGACUUCUCGAUUCCAUGCUUCCACGUCAAGAACGUGGAUUUCUUGUUUCGUGCCCUAAGGCACCAAGAUCCUCUCCACACCCUCGACAUCUCCGGUACCGUCCUGACCCCCACAGCAGUGGCGGCGUUGUGCGACUGCCUUGCCACACUGCGAUCUCUCAAUAAGCUUUCUCUCAAGUGCACGGGCUUCAGGCCGAGCUACCUCAGCACCGCUGUUCAGACUUUACAGAAGGCGCAGGCGGAUUUGCUGUGCACGGAGCUGGACCUGAGCUACAAUCCCAUAGGAAGCGAUGGAGGCUCAGCGCUGGCGGCACUUCUGGCACACGUACCUCAGCUGCGAGUUCUGCGUGUCGAAUCUUGCGAACUCUCCGACCCUGGAUUGUAUUUGCGGGGCUUGAGGUUAUUGGAAGUUCUUCACGUCGGGUUCAACCUCCUGAGUGCCGACGCCCUCAGCGCACUAGAGCCCGUGCUUGAUGCGAAUCCCCUACGACUGCUGGACCUCUCUGGCUGUUUUGCAGGUAACAUACCCAGACUAGGAGAACUGCUGGUUAGCUUCCUGUCAAAGGCCAAGUGCAAACUUGCAGAGAUUGGAAUCGGUUGCUGUGGACUGACGGACAGCGACAUAGAUGUGCUGGGAUCGUUGGGCAACAGCUCCCUGUGCAAGCUGGACAUCAGAGCAAGCCCUGGCAUCAGGCACGAGAGCGUUGAAAGCCUGUCGCAAAAGCUUGGUGGAGUGAAAAUAUCUUCUGAUCACGGCACUUACGACUGCUGUUUAUGAUAACAAAAGUGCUUAGAAAUGUGUAUUUGUGCAACCUAACUGAGAAAUUGUGUGAUGUGCUAGUCAUAGGUGCCGAGGAUUGUGGGAGCCCUGUGUAGGGCAUUGACAUGUCAUUAUGUAAAUUAUUUCAUUUUGUACUUUGGAGAGUCUACAUCUGUCCCUUCAAUGUGACAAAAAAAAACUUGUAAGUGGGGCUACUUUCUUGAUGUCAUUAAGACAAUCAAGAAAUGACAUUUCGCUUCAUGACAUACCAGGGAUGAAAUACCACUUCGCUUCUUAAUGUGAAGCGAUAUGUCAUCCACAAACUACUUCCAUGUUUUCUUGUGCCAGUGUUCUUUUUUUUCUUUUUUUCAGUGGAGAUGGUGUAAUAUGCUUUGACAUGUGUAUACCCAUGUACCUUAAUAUAGAUGAGUGCAUGAAAUUCUUUUUUACCAGAUCAUUUUGUCAUUCAUAGCUUUUUUAAAAGCUUUUAGUUAGUGGCAGUUUUUAUAUAUUUUCUGCAUGAUUUGGGUUCAGAAGAGGCAGUUUUUAUAUAUUUUCUGCAUGAUUUGGGUUCAGAAGAAUGGCUUUUUGUGUACAAACUGCAUAUAACUGAGUCAAGCGUAUAAAACAUUGAGUUUUGCUCAAGUCUCAGUGCUGUAACCACAAUCUAAAGUCUUAAAAAGGGCUUGUUGCUGAGCCGGUUUGUUCAUUAGCUGAGAAAAAAUUGGUAUAGCACAAAGGGGACUGGGACGAAUUAAAGACACGAACUGACAGACAUGGACGCCAACUUUUAGCUGUCUACUAACAAAAGCCACGCUGAUUUAUAUAGGCUGCCGAACAAGGUAAUCUCAUUACAGAAAUAGCUGGACAAACUAACAAUUCAUCAUGAUUUACAGGUACAACUUAAGAUAUGUUGAUGACUCUCUUGUGCUUUUAUAUAUACCCGACACUAGCACUGACGUUGCUGUCGCAGAAUUCACACCUUUUUAACGGAGUCUGGUGGACUAGAAUUCACUUGAGAAUUGCCUCAAGACAAUUACAUUCAAUAUCUGGAUAUUAAGCUUAGUUUCACGAAGGACCACCUGUGCUGGAUGUAUAACCCUGGGACUAAGAAGAGCCUUUUGCCGUAUGACAGCGCACAUUUUAAACUUAUCAAGAGAGGAAUAGCUAUCAUGUGCCCACCGUCUUUUUACAGGAUUUAUUAAUCAGAUUAACAGACUGAAAAAUGCUCGAUUUCCUCCCUCCGUUAUCACGGGCGUGUGUGAAAGCCUUCUGCAAAAUCUGAAAUGUGGCAAUAAAGUGCAGAUGCCAAAGAAAAAAUGAGUAUGCAGGUACCCUAUGUUCACUGGCUCUCACACAAUGUAAAAAAGAUCACAGCAAGAUAUAGUGUGCGCACUGUUUUUUUCCCCUCCACGCAAACUAGCCAGGAUUCGCCCUUUGAUAGCGAAUAAGCAGCUGGCUGCAGGCUCCAAAAAGCACGCCACACAAUACAUGGAGCGUGUUAGCAAUGGGGUAUACAAUAUUCCCUUAAGCUGUGCUAGGGUGUUUAUCGGCCAAACGGGCCGGUGUUUGAACGAUCCUGCAAGGGAGCACCGCUUGGCAGUCAGCAACAACAUGGGCAUGCAUUUCGCAUGCCAAUGCAAGCGCUGUGGUUGUGUGCCAUACUUCAGCCAAACCACAUUUCUAAGGAGAGCAAGCAGCUGCACUGAAAGGGAGAUGAUUGAGGCAUUCCUAAUAAAAAGGGCGGGCAGUCAGUGCGUUAAUACCCCAUCACUAGAUUUAAGUGAGAAAGAAGUGAUUUUUUUUUAAAACAUAGCCUCUAGACAUGUCAAGUUUAGGUCGUGCGCUGCCCCUUUCGCCUCUCACUCGGGUUGAUCCUCUUAUGGACACGUGUUCAUGUUUGCUUGCAUGAUUUUAUAGCUCGGGGACGUGCAGUUUCCGGCACAUGCCUCAACUCUGUUUCAGCGGCCCAUGAUGAAUUGUUAUUUCCUCCAUGUUUCUAUUUCUGUAACGAGAUUACCUUGUUGGCAGCCUAUAUAAAUCGACAUCAUUUCUGUUCAUAAACAGAAGGAAGUUGGUGCCCGUGUCAGUUCGUGUCUUCACUUGGUCCCCGUCCUCUUUGCGCCAUACCAAUUUUUUUCUGAACUAAUGUCUUCAUUAGGAAAGUUCUGUGGAUUGUAGAUUUUUACAAGCAUAAAAAAAGUUGGAAUUUCACUUGUGCUCAAGGAAAAUUUUGCGUUUGCACCUGAAAAUGUUUCGUUUACGGCCUCAAAGCAUUGACAUUUAUUCUUUGAGAACAUUAGAAAACACUCACUGCAUGCAACAUAUUAAAGGCACAUGCACAGCACCACUAUUUGCUUGUGGAGCUUAGUGAGACAGUGUCUAAGCUAGUUCAGACACUAUUUCGAGCGUUAAACUUUACUCAUGACCAACAGCUAGUUCUUACAGCUCAGCAGUGAUUUCAUUUAGACACAGAAACACCAUCACUGCUUGUUCCAACACUAAGCUGCAGAGUUAGCUUGAACAAAAAAAGCAGUGAUUGGCUCAUUUGUCUCAAGGUUGUCCUUUUGAAUUACAAGUUGCAUUGUUAAUUUUUUAUAACCUUUAUCAUUGAGACGAACAUGGCUUGGACGCCAGCACAUUGUGAUAAUGGCAACACAGUAGCAUCAAGGUCACGUCUGAGCUGCAACGAAGAACGAUGAGAAUGAAAAAUGAAAAAGGUUGCUAGAAAAUACAGCCCCUUGUUCCAUAGUUCAAAUGUCUCAAUUGUUCAAGGGAAGUGGCGGGACUUCUUAAUACUGGGAUAAAACCCAGAGUUGAAGACAACGUGCACUGUCCUCUUCGUUUCCUUUGGCUUCAUUCAGACUACAUCUUUAAGGAACCCUGCAACACUUUUCCAGCAUGGUCAGAAAACACUGCCGAUUGGUAGUCGAGGCCCUUGAGAACACGCGAGCCAAACAUUAUAGCACAGCAUGCGGCCUAGAAGUUACAAUUCUCAAAGUCAGCUAGAAAUCGCCCCUUCUUCUCUCUACAAAUGAUCAUCAUCAUCAGCCUGUCUACGCCCACUGCAGGGCAAAGGCCUCUCCCAUGUUCCGCCAAUCAACCCGGUCCUGUGCUUUCUGUUGCCACGUUAUACCUACAAACUUCUUAAUCUCAUCUACCCACCUAAUUUUCUGUCUCCCCCUCACGCGUUUGCCAUCUCUUGGAAUCCAGUCAGUUACCCUUAAUGACCACCGGUUAUCCUGCCGACGUGCUAAGUGCCCGGCCCAUAUCCAUUUCUUCUUCUUGUUUUCAACUACGAUAUCCUUAACCCCCGUCUGUUCCCUGACCCACUCUGCUCUCUUCCUGUCUCUUAAGGUUACACCUAUCAUUUUUCUUUCCACCUACGGAGCAGAAACCUAGAGACUUACAAAGAGGGUUGAACUUAAAUUGAGGACGACGCAGUGAGCGAUGGAAAGGAAAAUGAUAGGUGUAACCUACAAAUGAUACCAUGUCCUCAAAUAACUGAGCCAUAUGCCCAUGGCUGUUGGCUGAUUUCAGCAUCGUGUGCUGCAUAAUUGCAGUGACCAUCACGGAAUGCCGCCACGUGCCCACUCGCGAUCCGACUGAAAGUAAGCCGUGUGUUCGAAGAAAAAAAAAAUGAAAAGGAAGUGCUCAAGGUCAUGACGCGUGCUGACGAAGGGACACAUCUUCUUGCCCCCAUGUCAUCCCCCUCCCUGCGUAGCUUUCAGCGCGCUUACUGGUACGAAAGGAGAGAGAAUAAUAAUAAUA